AUGGCCAUGGCCUUUGCCAUUCUGAACACCUGGAUUGCGCUGGCCGGCUCAAUAGGUCUUGUCCUACCAUCAGGUAGUUCUGUUGCCCUGUUGUACGGUUUCAUCUUCUGCGUACUAUGCUGUUUUUGCGUGGCCGCAAGUCUUGGAGAGCUCAGUUCUAUCUGGCCGACAGCCGGAGGACAGUACCACUUUGUGUACGCUCUUUGCACAGAAAGAUGGAGAAAGCCAAUGAGCUUUGUAGUCGGAUGGGCCAAUAUUGUCGGUUGGCUUGUCGUAGUAACUGUUCAGGACUACUUUGGCUAUGACUUAGCCCAGUUUAUUUCUGCCGCAGCAGUAGUUGCUUCGAACGGAUCAUAUCAAAUCACUCCAGCUAGGACAUAUGGAAUCUUCGUAGCAGUCCUCGUCUUUACAACCGUCGCAAACAUUUGGGGCAAUAGGAUAUUGGGCAAAUGGAACGAUGCUGCCCUGUAUUGGUCUAUCUUCGGCGUUGUCAUCAUCAGCAUUGUUCUCCUAUCCAUGUCCGACAAGACUAGUGCAGAGUUUGUCUUUACAGACUUCAACAACGAAACUGGCUGGUCCGAUGGCAUGGCCUGGAUCUUGGGUCUACUUCAGUCUGCUCUCUCCCUCAUUGCAUUCGACGUUGUUUUGCAUAUGACAGAAGAGAUGCCGAAUCCUUCAAGAGAUGCCCCUCGAGCCAUGUUGUACUCCAUUGUCAUUGGAGGUGUCACUGGCUUCGCAUUUAUCCUUGUUAUGCUCUUCUGCCUUGUCGACCCUGACACCAUCCUGUCUACUCCAACCGGUAUGCCCAUCGUCGAGCUCAUUCUCCAAGCAACAAAGAGCCGGGCCGCUGCUACCAUUCUCAGUCUGAUGCUCAGCGUGUGCUUCAUCAACGGCACAAAUGCUAGCAUUACCAGUGUCAGCAGAUUGCUUUACGCCAUGGCCCGCGAUCGCGGCAUCGUCUUUCACAAUUACUUUGCUCACAUCCAGUCGGGUUUAAACGUGCCAGUACGGACCAUCAUGUUUUGCUUUGUCUUCAAUAUCCUCUUCGGUCUCCUGUAUCUGGGGCCGGUGGUUGCUUUCAGCGCAUACGUGGCGUCUUGCACCAUUUUCUUGAACAUGUCUUAUUCGGUCCCAAUCUUGGUUCUUCUCGUCCGUGGACGGAAGGUGCUUGCCAACUACCAGUCUGCAAAGACUCCCUUUAAAAUGGGAAGGGUAUUUGGUCUGAUUGUCAAUAUCAUUGCUGCGCUAUAUGUUGUUGUUACUUCAGUGUUCUUCUGCUUCCCCACGUUUCUUCCUGUUACUGGAAACAACAUGAACUAUGUAUGCGUUGUCAUCGGCAUCUUUGCCAUGGUGGUUGGUGUCUAUUGGAUCUUCUUCGGGAAGAACUUUUUGGGUCCUCAAGAUAUAAUCGUGGCGGAAUUUGACGGUGUUGUUGGCCGUCCUGUUUCCACACAAAACUCGAGUGAAGAAGACAAGGCCGAAAAGGGAUCCCACAGGGAACUCAAGUGA